AUGGUAACACCGUAUAUAAAAAAGCAAACUACUGUAAUGCGUGUUCCAAUUAGUCCACACGAACGAUUAUCGGCCUAUUUUAAAUUUGUGGCAGAAGGUAAUACUUUAUCAUCGCUAGCCCGGAACGUCAAUAUCUCGCAACCGGCAAUGUCGAAGAUCAUGUGGGAAGUGUCGAUUGCUCUUAACCAUGUUCUUCGUGGUUCGAUCAAAUUACCAAUGAACGCAAAUGACUGGUUGAUUGAGAAUAUGAAGAUUUCAAUGAAGAUCGAUUGUGCUUUUCCCGGUGCGCUAGGUUUCAUCGACGGUAAACACAUCCGCAUUCAAAAACCAAAGAAAAGCGGCAGUUCUUUUUUUUGUCAUAAAAAAUUUUUUAGCAUUAUAUUACUAGCUGUUGUCGGUGCUGACAGAAAAUUUUUAUAUGUGAACGUGGGUGCAAAUGGUGUCCAAAUGCAUUUUUAA